AUGGCCCAACUUUCUUCUGAGACUCAACUUACAUUAAUAGCCACAUCGCAGAAAGAAUUAAAUGUAUUGUUGCUCGGUGAAACUGGUGUAGGAAAGUCCACAUUUAUAAACGCUUUUAUUAACUAUCUCAAGUUCGAUACAUUAAAUGAUGCACUUUCUGGGGACAUGGAGGUACUUAUCUCAUCCAAAUUCACGACAAUGGAUAAGGAUUAUGAGAUGAGAACAGUAAAAAUUGGCAAUAAUGAUGCGAACGAGCAUUUAGAAAAUGUCGGAUCUUCAGCCACCCAGGGAUGCCAAAGUUAUAAAUUUUCUUUAGGUGGCGAUAUGUUCGUAACAUUGAUCGAUACUCCUGGAAUAGGGGACACCAGAGGAAUCGAACAAGACAUGAAAAAUUUUGAAAACAUUCUCAAAUAUAUCAGCUGUUACGAAGAUCUGCAUGGGAUUUGUAUCCUUCUCAAGCCCAAUGACUCUCGAUUGACUAUAAUAUUUAGAUUUUGCAUACAAGAGUUACUAUCGCAUCUACACAAAAAUGCUAAAGACAAUAUUGUCUUCUGUUUUACCAAUUCUCGAGGAACACUCUAUCGUCCAGGAGAUACAUUACCGGCACUCAAAGAACAACUUCGUGCCCUCAAACAAAGAUCCGGUGUUGAAAUAAAAACAAACAGAAAUACUUUGUACUGUUUUGACAGUGAAUCGUUUCGGUUCCUAGCGGCAGCCAAAGAUGGUAUAGAGUUCGACGAAAUGGAUGAAAAAAGUUUUGCGGAGAGCUGGAAAAGAUCAGUAGAUGAAUCAGUGAGACUCCUCGAAUAUCUUAGUUUGCGCAAACCUCACAAAGUAGAAGACACUUUGACACUCAACGAAGCCAGAAAUAGAGUAUUACACCUUGCCAAACCGCUUGCACUUGCAGAAACUCUUAUUCAAACAAAUAUUAGUCUAGUCAGCGAUCGACAAAAGGAAAUUAAUAGCUACGACGAAUCCAUCCAAGACCUUCAUAAGAAGCUAUACAUCCCGCAGAAAACAGUUGAUAAAGUAGAUCUGGGGCAUCCCAGAACUGUAUGCACAAAUUGCCGUACGCAAACCGUGAACGGAACGGUCGUUUAUAAUGCACAUUGUCAUCCACACUGUUAUUUGAACGGGGUUGUGAGAGAAGUAAUUAACAAUUCAGCCUUACAGCAAUGUUCAGCUAUAUCAAGUGAUGGAAAUUGUAACCAUUGCGGGUGCUCCUGGAGAACCCACAUGCACUGGUACUAUGAUGUUAAGUACGUCUAUAAAAACGUCGUUGAUCAGAGUGUGCAGGACAUGAUCAAAAACAAGAAAUCAUUUAAAGAGACAAAACAAACGGCCUUAAAAGCUCUUCAACAGAGACGUGCUCAGUUAGAAAAUGAACAAAAGAAAAUAACCGAAAUUAACGUCUCUUUCGCAAAAUUUCUAAGGCAGAGCGCAAUAGCUACUUUCAAUGAUGCAUAUGCCGAUUAUCUAGAUCAUUUUAUUCGCGAAGAAAAUAUCAAGAAGAAUAGUGAUCGUGCUAAUUAUGAUAAUAGAAUCAUUGAAAGACUCGAAAAUACGAAAAAAGAAUAUCUGAAAAAGAUAGAAGUUAUAAAGAAAGCAAUUGAGAGUAACGAUCCUUCCGAAACUCCAAUCACACCGAGCGACAUAGCGAAGCUCGAAAAAGAAUUGUAUAAUCUAAAGAUCAACGGAGAAACCUUGAAAACUAUGAAAGAUACAUCAUUCCGCGGUCAAGUUAAUACAUCCAAGCACCAUCAAAAAAAGGUUAAGCUCCCUCCUCGGAAGCCACGUUCAGGAUUUUCCAGGUUUUUCUAUUAG